AUGAGUUCUCUCAUCGAAAAAUUAUUUUCUUUAGGGUGUGGAGACUCUGAUUUGAAUAUCAGUGGGCCCAAUCCUCCUAGAGGAACAGAUUUAUAUAUGAUAUAUAAUCCAGAAAUGGGAUUAUCCUACUAUUCUAAAAUUUCUAACGAAAAAAAAUCAUAUGUAUCAAUUGGAAUUCAGAACGGUCCUUCAUUUAAGAAAUAUCAAUCAAUAGAAUGCGGUGAAUCGAAAACUAUCGAUAAAUCAGAAUUAAAUUCUUUCGCACCGAUAAACGUUACAAAACCAGAAAUUUAUGUAAAGGAACCAGCUACAAAACCAGAAUCUGCAACAACACCGAAAAGCGAGAUCGAAGAAUCCGGAAAAGAAGAAACUACAUUCAAAUCUGAAUCAUCUUCAGGCGGUGGCCUCAAACUUGGUGGCGGCUUGAAGCUCAACCUCAACUCUGGCAAUGAUUCGAAGCCAACAGGAGGAUUGAAACUUAACUUAAAUUCAGGAGAUGAUAAAUCAAAGCCAACACUUAAAUUAGGCGGAAGCACAGACAAGAAAGAUGAUGACAAGCCAGCUACUCCUGGUUUGAAGCUUGGUGGCCUCAAAUUAGGCGGAAAUACAGAAAAGAAAGAUGAAAAAGCUGGAGAUAAGCCAGCUACUCCAGGAUUGAAACUUGGAGGUAUUAAGCUUGGUGGCAGUACAGACAAGAAAGGCGAUGAUAAACCAGCAACCCCAGGAUUGAAACUUAGUGGUCUUAAACUUGGAGGAAAUACAGAAAAGAAGGAUGAAAACAAACCAGCAACUCCUGGAUUGAAACUCAGUGGUCUUAAACUUGGAGGAAAUACAGAAAAGAAAGAAGAAACUAAACCAGCAGAAACAGAGUCAAAACCUACAGAAGAAUCUUCUGAAAAAGUAGAAAAUAAGGAAGAGAAAGCCGUAGAAAAGCCGGCAGAAGCUGAAUCAAAAUCUACAGAAGAAUCUUCCGAAAAAACAGAAAACAAAGAAGAGAAACCUGAAGAAAAGCCAGCUGGUGGAUUAAAGCUUGGUCUAAAUCUUUCUUCUGCAUCAAAUAAGAAAGAUGAAAAAUCUGAAGAUAAGCCAGCAUCUACAGGACUGAAGCUUAGUGGUCUUAAGCUUCCUGUAGGAGGUGUAAAGAAAUCUGAAGAUAAACCAGCCGGUGGAUUAAGUCUUGGCCUCAAACUUUCAGCACCAGGUGAAAAGAAAGACGCAAAACCAGCCGGUGGAUUAAGUCUUGGCCUCAAACUUCCAGCACCAGGUGAAAAGAAAGACACAAAACCAGCCGGUGGAUUAAGUCUUGGCCUCAAACUUCCUUCUGCAUCAGACAAGCCAGGAGGUCUAAAACUUGCUAGUCCGGGACUUAGUCUGAAACCUCUCAAGAAAUAG